AAUUAUUAUGUUGAUGUUUAGACUAUUAAGCUUUGCUGCUGUGCCUGGCAUAAUUUUUCCGAUGUUCGAUUAUAGAAACGAGUUUGAAAAUUUUCAAGUAGGUCUUCUAUUUGUUAUCGCGUAUGCUGUUUGGAAUUUUGGGUCUACUAUAACGCUGAUUAUUGCAUUGAGAGGACUGUAUAAGAAUGAUGCAGGUCUGCUGUUUCCAAAUUUGGUUGUGAUGCCAAUGGAGAUCAUUCUAACCGUUGUGUCUGGCAUCGUUCUUCCUCUUGGCGCAGGGAUACCACUCUUUGCUUUGUAUUUGUUGGUUUCAUUUGUCCACAUUUAUCAUUUCAUGUGUGUUUACAGUUUGUAUAAAAAAUUUAAACGUGAAGAAACUGUUACUCCAGCUAAUGCACGGAAUUUAAUUAAUUCUGUGUAGGAUCUUCUUCACGAAUUCAUUUAUUUGUGUUUCAGGAUUGUUUUGACUAACUCACUUUCAUUUUUAAUGUAAUGAAUUUUUUUGUGUUCUAGAGUUAUUCUUAAGUUUAUGUAUACGUUGUCAUUCUAUCCUGGUAUUUAAAGCUAAUCGUUAUGUAUAAAUUGUACAUUAUUAUGUUGUGUAUGUUACAAACAUUGCGACCGAUGUAUAGUUGUUGUUUCACUUCACUUCAUCAUGACAUUUGUAGUACUUUUUAAAGUAAAUAGUUUUUCACGAAACUGGAAAAAUCCAAAAUCCCUACCAUGAUCACACUUUCACACAGAACAUGCGGAAGAGUUCGUUCGCUCAACUCAUGCAAAGCCGUAAUAGUAAAAACUCGACCUCAUCGAUGAUCGCUGUUGGAGGGAAGAUUUUUUGCUUGCGCAGACAGGCAGAUGAA